GAAAAGGAUAUGCGUCAUGGUGUGAUAGGCUGGGUGCUGUGUGUGAUGUGUCGUAUCACAUGUUCGUCUGUCACACAUCACAGUACAGAGCCUGGUGCUGCUCUCUCACACACGAGCUCUUUAGUAUCCUGUCUCGUACGGGUUUCAUCUCCACACGGGAAACAAAGAAGUGCGAUGCUGUCCAGGUUGUUUCUCCUGCUGUCCUGCCUGGCCCUGCUGUCUCCAGGGAGGUGUACCAUCGAGGUCAGCUCUAACGGAUCUGCUGAAGGGACCAUGAGUGCAACAACAGACCACUCAACACUUUCCUCGGCCCAAACACCCAACGAUCCAACACCAUCAUCUCCAUCAUCAGGUCUCUCUAACGCCACCUCAGGAAGAGGCAUCUUGCUGAACAGCUCCCCACCAAGCAGCACUCAUAGAAGGCUCAACACACCCACCAGGACCUCCUCCACCCAGACCCCCGCCAGCCCCAGCUCCAGCCCCGACACUGAUUGUCUGUUCCGCAGGAAGCACGGCAGCAUCCUGGUAUUGGCGGUGGGGGCACUGUUGGGGCUCUGCACGGUGCUGAUGGUGGUUUCCGUGGUGAUGUGGUUCCAGCUGUGCCACCUGAGGCGCCAGGUGGCGAGCCAGGGCCAGGGGGGGCGGGUGGUCCGCAGCAACGUGGACCUGGUGAACAGCUGCUCCCUGGGGGGCACCGCCCGCAGGAAGGAGCAGGCCUCAGAGACCAGCCUGCUGAUGGAGGAGGUCAGACGCACCAAGGGGGAGUUCAGGCUCUCCCUGGAGGGGGCAGAGGAGGAGGAGGACCAAGAAAAGGAGGACCAGGAGAAGAACCAGGAGAAGAACCAGGAGAAGAACCAGGAGAAGAACCAGGAGAAGAACCAGAAGGAGAACCAGGAGAAGAACCAGAAGGAGAACCAGAAGGAGAACCAGGAGAAGAACCAGAAGGAGAACCAGAAGGAGAACCAGGAGAAGGGAGGAGACGAGGCCAGCAGGCCAGAGGGACCCGGAGGUUCUGAGGGGAACUCAACAUCACCACCUGCCGGCCAGGGCGCACCCAUUGCCACGGAGACCACUGCAACCCCCGGCGACGUGGUGGCGUGAGGCUGAAGGCUCCGCCCUCAGAACACAACAACAUGUUCCACAACGACAUGUUCCACAAUUAGGUGUUCCACACCCAAACCAGACGUAGUUCUGGAUGUUGCCAGACGGGUUGGUAGUACUUGACAAGAUAACGUUCAGAUAACGUAAAUAUAACUUAAGAUAAGAUAUUGAAAUAGGAUAUUAGCGCACCACUGCUUUAGGAAGGAAAUAUGUUGUGUGUGAUCAUUCUGUAAAUAAUUUGUGUACAUUCUGUAACAGUGUACUGUGUCCUGCACGUUUUUAGUGUUGUGUUUAAGCAAAAAAAAAAAAAAAACUUGAUGAAUAGUUCCAUUGUACAAUACGGUUUAAUCCGUAUGUGAAAUGCCUGAUCACAUGAAAACCAAACCUGCAUACUUUUUUUGUUUUUUUUGCCUAAAUGUUUAUUAUGAACUUGUCAUAAGGAGUCAGAUGAGAAUGGGGAGUCAGAUGGCUGAGCGGUUAGGGAGUCGGUCUAUUGAUCAGAAGGUUGCUGGUUCGAUUCCUGCUCGUGAAAAAUGACGUUGUGUCCUUGGGCAAGGCACUUCACCCUACUUGCCUCGGGGGAAUGUCCCUGUACUUACUGUAAGUCGCUCUGGAUAAUAGCAUCUGCUAAAUGUAAAUGUCUAUUGCUAAAUAAAAUUGUCCUGCAUCCGCCCAUGCAGAGAGG